AAGUCAUAAUUGCUACAUUGUGCCACAGAGUUGACAGGGUGUUAGGUGAUGCUGAGGAGUCAUUUGGAAAGUGUCUGUCUGUCUGUCUGAUCUAUCUAUCUAUCUGUCUGUCUGUCUGUAUGUCUGUCUCUCUCUCUGUCUGUCUGUCUCUCUCUCUCUGUUUGUCUGUCUGAUUGAUCUAUCUAUCUGUCUGUCACUCUCUCUCUCUUUCUCUCUCUCUCUCUAUCUAACUAUCUAUUAUAAAGUUUACCAUAAAGCAUUCAUAGUUUAACGUUCACAUCAGCAUCAAACAGAGCCUUCUGUUUUGAAAUGUUCUUCAAUCUCUCGUAUCUAAACACCACAAAGCGCGAGAUAAGUGUGAGGAAACGCACGCGCGGCCACUAAGGGUGAUACAAAUAAAGAGAACAGGUUAACAGAGAGAAGUAACCUGUAGAAGAGAGAGAGAGAGAGAGAGAGAGAGAGAGUGAGAGAGAGAGAGAGAGAGAGAGAGAGAGAGAGAGAGAGAGAGAGAGAGUGAGUGAGUGAGUGAAAAAAGCAACCUAUGAAAACAGAAUGCGGAGCUUAGUGUCGCUGGAGCUCAGCGGUUGGUGAAAAUGCAGUUACAUGUAUCUGACAUCUGAGUGUAGGUCGGAAGAGAAUACUGCAUUUAUCUCAAAACACGCCCAAUCUGACGUCAACGCGGAACGAGAUUUGUGUGAUCUUUAAAAUCUUGAGCAAGUGGAAAUUCUCAUCAUAGUGCGUAUUUGCUUUGAGUCAGGACCACAACACUGAAAACACAAGAAGACAUGCUGGUAGCUGUCCAGAGACUGUGUUUUAUCUUGCUCUUGGCCAGUCUAGUGCCCUAUAGUGAAGGUGCUAACACUGGCUGUGAUGUCUGGAGUCUGACUAUUGUACCAGAUGUCUGCUGCACAAAAUGCAAGCCAGGGAACCGCUUGGUGGACAGAUGUGGAAGAUACCCAGAAUUACUCUGUACCCCCUGUGAACCUGACAGUUACACAACCGAUCCUAUAAGCGAUUCCUGUCGUAAAUGUACACAGUGCACAGAUCUACAGUUUACGCUUAAACCUUGCAAUAUCAGCAGCGACACUGUGUGCGGAUGUAAGAAGGGUUAUCUUUGUGGAAACAAAGAAUGUUCUUUCUGUGUUACGGAAUGCGGGAAGGGAGAGGAGCCCAACAAUUUCCGAUCAUGCAACAAAUGUUCACAUGGAACAUUCAAUGACAGAAUCCACAGUAUGUGCAAACCGUGGAGAGAAAGUUGUCCAGAGGGACAGAUUUUGGUGACCAAAGGAGAUGCAUUAAAGGACCAUGAGUGCAGAUUGGAUUUGGAUAACCUACAAAAGACAUCUUACCUGUCAGUAAAAAAAGAUGAAAUGAACUGGCUUCCAGUUGGCAUUGCUGGAGGGAUGGCAGGGUUGGGUGUCCUCUGUAUCAUUGCAUCGGUGGUUGCAUGUGUACAGGCACAAAACAAAACAGAGAAGAGCCUGAAAACUGAUUCACCUGACCAAGAGCUCUUAGAGGAUUCCAGGAUUAUGAUAGUGGAGCAGGAGGACUGUAGUUUCCACCAUCCCGAGCAGGAACAAGGAGGCAGCUCAGAGUCCAUUAGUACGCAAGACUCAGAGAGUAAACUCAUAGUGUGAGUUCAUUGGACAACACCUGUAUUUCCUUAACUUGCUCUUGCGAUGGAAAUUCUGCAAUAACAAGACUACCAGACUGAAAGUCUGCUACACUGUGAAAAACCCCUUGUACUGAUCGACUGUAUAUUCCAGCUGCUGUAUUGGUUGAUUAAUGGGACCAAAGGCCACAUACUAAACCAAGGUAUUGUGAUUCCUUCCGAAGUACACAAUAGGUUGUAUAGUAACUGUAAUGGCUAACAGUCAUUUUUUCAGUAUUUUUUUUUUUUUUUUUACUGUAAUUUUUUUUUUUAAAUGUCAGAACUAUAGUGCCUCUCCAAAAGCACAUGAAACGUAGUAACGUAGGUGUUCUGUAGCAGACGAUGUCAACACUUUUGCGAGAGUAGGCGUAAUCUACUGGCGCUUGCGUCACAUUUUCAAGUCAAAACCUUCCUGAAAUACCCUGGUGGGCUUCCCCAAUUGUGGGUUUUUUUGUUCAAAACAGCACUUUUUCUGUAUUUUUUUCAGUUUUCUUUUUUAAUUUAUGGGGCCAAAUGGAAAAAGCACUGAGACUGUUUUACAUGAAAGAACCUCUUUUACUGCACUUGCAUUUGUCCUGUGAUUGGGCUGUUUUUAUUCAACAUUAUUGUGUUUUUGUCUAGUCUUUAUAAUAUAUUUGUGAAUCAACAGAGAGACUAUUCUUGGUAAAUGUGGUUCACUGAGUCAGACCAUGUUCUUGUCAUGUAGGAAGUGCAAUUUAGUGCAUUCAACCAUUACUCUAUGUACAUAAGGAAGUAUAUGGAAUGUAAAGACUUCACUGUGUUGUAGUGUAUGUUGUACAGCUUUUUUAGGUAUAAUUCCUUUUGCAGUAAUUAGGUUUGCCAGAGGGCCUUAGAAUCCAUGUGUUAGGGAUUUUCCUGUAAGUAAAUUCCUAAAUUCCAAUUAGAUUAUUGGGGAAAUGUCUUGUAGAACAGAGGUCAAUGAACCAGUUAUGGACUCAUUCUUCUGGCACUGCAAGAACAACGUAAAUGUCAGAAAAUACCAACUAAGAUCUUUAAGCAGGGACACGUAUCUUUAUCAGGAUGAUAAGGUGAAUCUAGUUCAAGAAUAUCCUUCACACUGUCUGGUGACUCAGAGGAAGAUCCCUAAUGGCCAGAUUUGAGGACUAGCCCCCUGUAUCGUGAUUUACCUUCGGCACUUAAAAGGAAUGGCAAUGAAUCACCUUGAAUUCCGAGUUUCAGUUCCUCCAACAUCUUGACUCAUGCAAACACAUGCAAGAACUUACAUAUCAGUGUUUACAUUAAUUGGCUCCAGAGAAACAUGUGGUGUUGAGGAACAGCUGGUGGGUAAUCAAUGUGAUGACAUCAUUCCAGUCUUUAACAGUCAAACAAGGUCACCCUGUUUAAUGUGAAUGUGUCAUUUUACAGUAUGUAACUUUACUGUUUUACUAUUUUUUUAUGUCUCCUUUGCAGUAACUUGUUACAACUCAUGACAAAACUGUUCUAUGUUAUCAUGUUGUAAUACAUUAACUGUAACUUUAAUCUUGGUCUUUUUACGAGUUUCAUCCUUUUUACGAUUCAUAAUUUUCACCAAAAAAAAUAAAAUAAAUAAAUAUAUAUAUAUUUGAAAUCCUGGUCAAAG